AUGUCGGCAUACCACGCGUAUAACCAGAUCCAGCGCGACGCGCACUACACGCUGCCCGUUGGUUUCGUAGAUCUGCAGUCGUGUUGUCGUCUGCUGUUGGAACUCCUCAAGCUGAACACGGACAACGGUAAUUUCAAACCGUUGAACGACAGGAGGAAUAUGUACGACAAAGUGCAGGCCAUCACUGGUGAUUUGAAAUUUAAAAACACGUGUAACAUAGCCGCGUUCCACGGGCACAUUAACUGUUUAAAGAUGGCCCGCGAGAUUGGUUGCCCCUGGGACGAAUCGACGACCACGUCCGCGAUCGUCGCCGGACGCCUGGACUGUCUCAUUUACGCGCACGACAACGGUUGCCCUUGGGACGUGUCCACGACCGCAUCCGCUGCCUUCGCCGGGCGCCUGGACUGCCUCAUUUACGCGCACGAAAACGGUUGCCCCUGGGACUCGUCGACCGCCACGUUCGCCGCCAUGUCCGGUCAUAUUAAUUGUCUCCAUUAUGCAAUUGAAAACGAGUGUCCGUACGAAUAUCUGAUUUGCGCCGAGUCGGCGAAGCACGGGCACCUAGAUUGUCUACAGUACCUGCACGAGCACGGGGUCCCCUGGGAUGAUUGGACCUGCACCAUUGCCGCGUAUCGAGGACAUCUCGAGUGUCUCAAAUACGCCCAUCAAAACGGAUGUGCGUGGGACGAGUGGACGUGCUCCGCAUCCGCAGCGGGUGGAUUCGUCAAGUGUCUGAUGUAUGCACAUCAAAAUGGUUGUCAGUGGAAUGAACUCACGUUCAGCGGUUCCUUUCACUCGCAGAAUCAGGAGUGCUUACAGUACGCGUGGGCUAACGGCUGUCCUUGUGACGGUAUGACAUGCGCCGAGGGACCAGGUGAUGGACGGUUAGACUGUAUGUUGCCGUCAGCGCCUAAGCACCGUUGUUUAUGGGAAAAAGAACAAUUUAAACUGGAAUUUUAUCACGAAAUCAAUAUACCUCAAUUCAAUGAAAGUUCGAUCAGAGUGCUAAGACUUUUUGAUGUAAUAUAA